GGCGCUGCCGCCCGGGCGGGGAGGCGGCGGGCGGAGCUGGCGCUGCCCUGGGAUGACCCCCUCUGGGGGAGCCGGGGUUACGCGGAGCCGGUAGCGGGGCCCCCCUGGGCCAGGCCCGCGCCCGGGCCCACCGGGAGGCACUCCAUGCUUCCCCGUCAUGUGCAGAGGCUGGGCAGAGACUGGAUCACCCACUGGAAUGGUUCUCAGAUACUCACCUGGAACAGCCCAGUUUCCAACUGUAUGAGAUGGGCUGGACACUAUCCCUGGGCCUCAUUUCCACUUCCUGUUUCAACUGAUUUCUCAACAAACUGGAGACUCCCUCCAUUUUUUGGACCUUGGAGAUAUUUUCAGAACUCCAACUGGCAGCUUGAUAACUUCAUGCAAAGUUCUUGCUUUCACCUACCUAAUCCCAGUAUGAAAUCUGAGGGAGAAGAACCACUGACAAAGAAGAGAAGACUCAGUGGCCAGCAUGAUACUUUAACUCCUGAAGAAGAAGCAAGCUUCUCUAAUCAGAAGGAAGCAUUGUGUCUUUCUGCAGCACAGAAUGAAGAAAAAAAUAGCAGCAAGAAACGAACCGUCAAAAGACACUGGGAAUAUUUCUGUCAGCACAGCAGAACAAUGAAAAUCUCUGAAAAUAAAGAAACUGACCAAAGCAGUACAGAAAGGGAGGGAAAAUUUGAUUUUACAGUCAUGUCCUACAAUAUCCUGUCACAGAGUUUGUUAGAAGGUAACUCCCAUCUGUACAAACACUGCAGGCAACGCUUGUUAAUUUGGACCUACAGAUUUCCCAACAUCCUACAAGAGAUCAAACAGCUGGAUGCAGAUGUACUCUGUUUACAAGAAGUCCAAGCAGACCACUAUAGAACAGAGAUCAAGUCAAGUUUGGAAUCCUUGGGGUAUCACUGUGAGUAUAAAAUGAGGACAGGGAGAAAACCUGAUGGCUGCGCUAUUUGCUUCAAAACUUCCAAAUUUAGCCUGAUCUCCUCAAACCCUGUGGAAUUUUUUCGUCAUGAUAUUCCACUUUUGGAUAGAGACAACGUUGGACUGGUGUUGCUUCUGCAGCCGAGAUUUCACUGCAAAACUAAUGCUGCCAUCUGUAUAGCCAACACACAUCUGCUGUAUAACCCGAGGCGAGGUGACAUCAAACUGACCCAACUUGCAAUGCUCCUGGCAGAGAUUGCAAGUGUUGCCCCUCAAAAGGAUGGCACCUUCUGCCCAAUUAUCAUGUGUGGUGACUUCAAUUCUGUUCCUGGUUCUCCACUGUACAAAUUCAUAAAGGAAGGAAAGUUAAAUUAUGAAGGACUUGCUAUCGGAAAGGUCUCUGGACAAGAGCAGUUUCCAAGGGGACAAAGAAUUCUAUCUAUUCCAAUUUGGCCAAAAAAAUUGGGUAUUUCGCAAAACUGUGUAUAUGAAAUAAAACAGCAACAAAAAGAAGAAAAUCCAGGAGAAAAAUUGGAAGAAGCAACACAGGACAACACUCAGGAGAUUGUAAUGGCAUCUGAAAAGUUGUCUUCAAAAUUGCAGCACCAUUUUAAAUUGUCUUCAGUCUAUUCCCAUUACUUUCCUGGAACUGGGAUCCCAGAAGUAACAACUUGUCACUCCCGAAGUGCUGUCACUGUGGAUUAUAUUUUCUAUUCUGGAGCAAACGAUGACACAGCUGCCCAGCCAGGAGCAGAGGAUUCUUCUCAUGGAGGUCUGAAACUUCUUGGCAGACUAGCACUUCUAACAGAGAAAGAUCUUUGGACUGUUAAUGGUCUUCCCAAUGAAAAUAACUCUUCUGACCACCUGCCAUUGGUAGCAGAGUUCAGGCUUAUUGAACGGUAAUAUCCAAAGGACUUUUUGUGUAGGUAAAGUUACCUUCACCUUUUCUCUUCAUGAUUGUUAUUUUUUUAAAGGUUAAUUCAAGCACUGCUGGUUCGGUUUAAGUAAGUUUGCAUGCUUGCUGAUUUGUUAGUGUUGUGUAAAAUAGACUUUUUAAAGAGAGUGGUUUUUUUAAGGUGUUUACUUUAUGAAGUCUUUAAGGUAAAAAGAAAAGAUUUCACAUUAUCUCUUUGAUAAUGGACAACAUCUGUGCCAGUGUCAAAAUGGCAUUAUUUUUCACAGAGAUGCUGUAAAUUGUUUUUAUGAUAAAUCAUAGUAAAACUGAUUAUUCUCUGAGAACUGCGUGCUUCUUCAAGUAACACGGAAUGAGGUUGUGUGCAUGCCAGACUUCAUAAUAAGAUGAAAGUAAUAUUUCACUACAAAGUUGCACUGUAGACACUUCUAUCUAAAUACUUCUGCAAAGGAAUUUCCUCAGCUAGAGUGUAGUCAGUGCAAAGGCUGCAAGAUUGGACUUCCAAAGGAAGAAAACAGCUUUACAGUGAGGCAAAUGUUUAUAUUCUAAAAAGGUAAAAACGUAACUUCUAAAAGCUUAAAUGCAGAUAGCAGUCACUAGAAUCUUUUUUAAAGCAUCUGAAGUAAAACCAAGUUUAAUGAGCAUGAAAACUUACAGGAAACUUAACGGAUCCACAAUUGGGGGGGGGGGGGCGGAAUCUGUCCUUGACAUCUUGUGGCUUCAUAUGUAUUGGACAACUGGAGGAAGUGGGGUUUUUUCAUUUAGUUAUUGAAAAUGUCCAGUUGCAUAUUGAAACAACAGAUCCUGAGGUAUUAAAUUAUCAAGAUUUUAUAUUUACUCUCAGAAUGCACUGAUAAACAUUGUGUGCAAAAUAUGAUUUACAAGUUUAAAAAGACUGCCUGGACUGGAAACUUGCAGGGAGCUGGGGUGGAAGGGCUGGAAACAAGUCUUACAACUUGGUCAAACUCCAUAUAGAUGUGUACGUAAAACUAGCUUAAAAAUUAACACUUGGAGAAUUGUCUUUCAGUGCAGUGCUGGAAAACCUGCACUCAUGUUCAUGAAAUCGUUCAGUUACACUUGUCUCCUACAAAGACUUGUUUGUUCUUCUCCAACCUAAUUUGUGCAAUUUUUAUCUGGGUUUCCUUUUCCUGACUGCAGAAUUACAGCUGCAGUUACUUCAUGCUUUGAGAAUAAUGCAGGAACCACAAUGGUAGUAACUGCAAAGCCAGCUGAAUUGAAAAAGUUUUUGGAAAAAUAUUGCUACCUCCAAAAACUUUCCACUGAAAUUGCUUGGAAUUUGGAAGGAAGCUAUUUUUCUUGUAAGUAAUUGUGACUGAGGAGCUUUUGUCUACUUGCAGUUAAUAGUCAUAUUAAUGCUGUCGAUGACUAUUCAAUAUUCAGACUCUAUUCAGAUACUUAAAAUCAGACAUUCCCAAAGCUGGAGCUGAUAGAUGCAAACAUACUUAACCAGCUGCAACAGAUGUCUGGUAGAUGCUGGUUACAGCUAAAAACAUUGUUCAGCUGUAGCAAGCUCUGUAGCCUGUGUUAGGAGCAAGAAGGUUUGCUAGCUGGGAGGGCUGCAUGUUGUCUCCAGUGCAGAGAGAAAUGUGAGAUCCUGACAGUGCUGCUUUAGAGCACUGCUGGCAAAGAAGCUGCUGAACAGGGGAAGGUGGGUAAGAAGAAAGUUUUGCUAUUUUGAAUAAGCUUUAACUUAAGUAUCACUUUUCUGGCUUGUCUAAAGCCUCAUCUUCUCCAGACGAUCUCCAGAGGUUUUGAAUCAUUGCCCAUCUCUUUUACAGAGUAGCACUUACUUAGGUCUGCCCAAACACCUAGUUACUUACAAUACUGGUUUGAAACUUAAUUUAAAAGCAAAUGCUUCUGAGUUGCUGAUCAACUAUUUCCAUAAUGGAUUUCUAUUUGGAUUAGUGUGUGUUGCUGCGACAUCUUUUUAAUAGCCAAAUUCCUCAAGGCAGUAGAGAUAGCCUUUUGAAAAAUAUACCCACUUCCCUGGUAACCACAUGAUACUGCCUUAAGGGUAAGAUUUAUUUUACUUCAUUAGUGCAUGUUAUUAUAUGUGUUACUAUAUGUUCUGUGCUUUCUUUUACAAAAGGGGAAACUGUCACCUCACUUUUGAUGACAGUAACAUGGGGAAGGGGCCAAGGUACUACUAAAAGAUAAAACCAUGAUGUGCUGCUUGACAUGAUGUAGUCAUCAGUGCUGUUAUUAUUCCAUAACAAUGUAUUUUCAGUGUUUAGAGACUCUCUUCCAUAGAACCCAUUAAUAGUUAGGUACAGGGUGGAUCUAAGGCCUUUAUGUUCAGUGAUUUCUUCAUAAAAUAAUAAAUAAUAUUGUUAAAUA